GAUUUAACCAUGACCAUGUACACUUUUACGUUCUUGUGCACAUUGGGCGCCGUCGCUGUGCAUCAGAUGUCUGGCGCCUGCAUGGGGAAUGAUGAAGUCUUGGCCACUGUCUCAGAACAGAAUGAGAUUGUGAACAAGCACAACACCCUGAGGAGAAACGUGCAGCCGACCGCCAGCAACAUGCUGAAGAUGAGCUGGAACAGCGAGGCUGCAGCCAACGCUCAGAGAUGGGCCAACACUUGCUCCAUGAACCACAGUCCAGACAGCUCAAGAAAAAUCAGCACUGGUGGUUGUGGGGAGAACCUGUACAUGUCCAGCUUUAAAAACACCUGGAGCAACGCUAUCCAGUCAUGGUACGAUGAGGUGAAGGACUUCCGCUACGGACUUGGCUCUACAAACGGAGGAGUUAUUGGACACUAUACACAGCUUGUGUGGUACAGGUCCAACCAGAUCGGCUGUGCCAUGGCCUACUGUCCCAACGCUGCAUACAAGUACUUCUACGUGUGCCAAUACUGCCCACCUGGAAACUACCAGUACAAAUACCCCUACAAGUCAGGACCUUCCUGUGCAGACUGCCCCAAUGCUUGCGACAACAAGCUGUGCACCAACCCCUGUCCUUACACUGAUAAGUACAACAACUGUGCUGAACUGAAGCAGCAGUGGACCUGCAACAACAAGGAUGUGGCCGCUUGGUGUCCCGCUUCUUGCCAAUGCACGACUCAAAUUAUCUAAAUACUGGUCCGCUGGACCCUUCAGGCUCAUCAGCCUUUUGU